ACCGAUUGGAGUUUUGGAUAUAGCUAUUCGACGGUCGCGAGUUUUCUGGGCGUCAUAACGAAGUGCUGCAGAAAUUUCCAAGGAGCCAUUGAAUCAUCUGCUUAUAGCCUUCUCUAACCAACAAGUGGUAUCAGAGCCUAUUAUCACGCAUUUGGGACCUAAAAUACGAUGGGAGAUAAAGAGGACUCUGGUGGAGGUGAUACUUCAGUCCAAGGAGGCAGCUCAACCCAAGAUUCUAGCAUUGCAGCGCAAAGGGGAGCGCGUACACGCCAGGGGUCACUGCUUAAGGAGGUGCUGAAGAACUUCACCAUUGAGAAGUUCUCUGGAGAUGGCUAUGAUGAUUGGGCAUGGAAGAUGCAGCUCUACUUUCGACAAAUUGGCCUCUUGAAGCUCAU